GACCGACCGACCGACCCCCACACACCGACACCGCCACCGCUACACUUUGCAACCAAAAAUGGCCACUCUGAGUUUGAAGUCAGCUCAGAGGUAUUCUGUUCCCGAUUGGUUCACCAACAACAACCAGAUCUCGACCAAUUCAGAGAGGCAGCGUUACAUGUCCCAUGAGAUCCGCCAGGAAGCCAGGGCCUUGCGGAAUGAAACCAACAACCAGACUAAAUGGGAUCAGGAAGACAACAACACAAGACUUGCUGAGCGGAUAGACGCGGUGGACAGAUGGAAAGAACUUUUAGAAAUUUGUCUCUGUGAUAUCAAUGCCGAGAUUGAUGCUUUAACUAAAAGUAAGGAGGAGGCAGAACGGGCCCUGGAGGCCAAGAAUCUUAACCUGGAUGUUUCGAUUGAGAACCUGACGUUGAGGGAAGGUCGUCAAGACAUUGAUCUGGUGACUGACUCAGUGCACGAAGAGCUGCUGAAAGAGGUGGAAGUGAUUAACGGAUCAAAGAAAGCUCUUCAGCAGAAAAUCAGUGAGGCCUUUGAACAGCUUUGUCUGUUGCAGGAGGCUCGUCAGCAGCUGAAUUUCGAUCUCCGCAAUAAGAGAGAAGCUUUGAACAUUGAUGAAGUCUGUCUGUCACUCAACAACAAUUCCCCGAACAUCUCAUUCAAACCAAACCCCCUGCGGAUCCCCCCCGGCUCCACCACAGUGCAGCAAUGGGACCAGUUCAGCCGCUACAACAAGGACCGCGCGGAGGCAGAGAUGGAAGCUUCCACUGCUCUCCGUGAAGCCAUCGCGGCCACCAUCGGCUUUACGGAUAAUGAAGUGGAGGCACAGCGGGUGGCUACGGAGUUUGCCUUCAGGAAGAGAAUCCACGAGUUUGAACAGGCGCUGACUGAGCUGCGGUGGCAGGAGAAGAAUCUCCUGGAGGAGAUUGCAGAUCUGGAAGAAGAAAUCCGGCGUCUGGAAGCAGACCUUCGAGCUAAAGCUGCUCCGUUGAAGUUGGCGCACACCAGACUGGAGACUCGCACCUACAGAUCCCACGCCGACCUGUGUAGGGAUGAGGUUCAGUACGGGCUGACCGAUGAGGUUCACCAACUGGAGGGAACGAUCUCUGCACUCAAACAGAAGCUGGCACAGGCUCAAGAUGCUCUAGAUGCUUCAUACAAACAACUAGCAAGAGUCCAAGCGGAUAUUGGCUUCAAAUCCCACUCCCUGUGUCUGGAUAAUCAGAGCAUGGAUGUGAGAAGAAAGUUAAUCACUCCCCCCGAGAAAUACGUCUCAAAGGUGGACGGUUUCAACCGCACACCCCACCACGAGCUGUCUCCAAUCAAGUGCCGUCAGCUGGACCUGGCCUAACCAUAAAGGAGCAACACACAGGAAGGAAAGGCACAGUGUAAAGUGCUGCCCCCAUUUCCAAUAACGAACAAGCAAGUCUAAUCAUGGAUUGAAUCCCACAGGAAAAGAAAUAAAUGUAUAGGUCUGAUAGCAAAGUUCAUGAAUGUUCACUCCUGCAUGAGGCAAGAGAGAGAGAGAGAGAGAGAGAGAGAGAAAAUAAUACAAGCAAAUGUAAUUCACAGGAUCUGGUUUCUGUCUUUGCAAAUACCAGAGUCCUGUCAGAGUUCCGAGGUUGGUGAAAAUAAAGUUUCUCUAUGUGAGCUCCCACAAUAGUUUAGUGUUUUGAGUUGAGCCAAAGUGGGAACUGUAAUUAUACUAAUAAUAUAUAUAAUAAUAGUAAUCCUUGCAUUUGAUGUAGCACCUUAUCACGUCAUUGAGACGUCUCAACUUUUCACAGGAUCUCUGGGCUUCGGAACCAGGGAGAGAAACAGUCAGUCAGGUUCCUGCUGUUGAUCACAAUCACCGUGAGCUCUGCUGUAAGGGCCAAUUAUCAGUUAAUGACAGAAUUUGCUUCAGCUGUGACAUUCUCUCCCUGUGAGUUUCAUAGCCCGACAGCACUCAGUGUCAAAGAUUACACAGAACAAAUGACACUAAACCAAGGUAACACAGGAAUACGAGCGAGUGUCUACGGAACUUGUGCAACUCUUAGUGAGAAACAUCAUCAUGUUAAUAACAAUCUUUCUCCGCUCUCUUCUUAAAGGGCAAAAAGCUCCUUCUACUUCUCAAACUGUAGAGUGGGUGAAGAUACCUGGACUCAUUCCUAAUGCCCUGAAUCUUUCCCGCUGGGGCUUUGCUGUCCAUAACAUCCAAUCCUAGCAGUCUCUGUGGAGUGUUGCUAACUGGAAAUCAUCAUACUUUCCUUCCGUUCAUUGAUGAAGGCAAAAAGUCCCUUUGUCAGAAUCAAGCAUCAAACAACUUUCAGCUGUGAUUGAUUCAUUCCACUUUAAGACAAUUCAUCAGCUGGUAGUUUAGUUCUGUGUUGAUGUGACAAACUGCCUGUAAAAUAACAUUCAUUCAGUUAAUAAAUAAAUACGUGUUCAAAUGACA